CGCGCGGCUGGGUAAAGCGCGGCCCCGGCCCGUUCUUGAAAGCGGACGCGGCAGCCUCUGCCGGUGUAGCCGCCGCCAUGAGUCGCAACUACAACGAUGAGCUGCAGUUCUUGGAAAAAGUCAACAAGAACUGCUGGAGGAUCAAGAAGGGUUUCGUGCCUAACAUGCAGGUGGAAGGCGUUUUCUACGUGAAUGACUCUUUGGAGAAAUUAAUGUUUGAGGAGUUACGGAAUUCCUGCCGAGGUGGAGGGGUGGGUGGCUUCCUGCCAGCCAUGAAACAGAUCGGCAACGUGGCAGCCCUGCCCGGGAUUGUUCACCGUUCUAUUGGUCUUCCGGAUGUCCACUCCGGUUACGGGUUUGCUAUUGGGAACAUGGCAGCCUUUGACAUGGACAACCCUGAGGCAGUGGUUUCGCCAGGUGGUGUCGGGUUCGAUAUCAACUGUGGGGUCCGCCUGCUGAGAACCAACCUGGAUGAGAGUGACGUGCAGCCUGUGAAGGAGCAGCUGGCCCAGGCCAUGUUUGACCACAUCCCCGUCGGCGUGGGGUCCAAAGGGGUCAUCCCGAUGAAUGCCAAAGACUUGGAGGAGGCCUUGGAGAUGGGUGUGGACUGGUCCUUGAGAGAAGGCUACGCCUGGGCCGAAGACAAGGAGCACUGUGAGGAGUAUGGAAGGAUGCUACAGGCCGACCCCAACAAGGUCUCCGCGAGGGCCAAGAAAAGAGGUCUUCCUCAGUUGGGGACGCUGGGGGCAGGCAACCAUUACGCAGAAAUCCAGGUCGUGGAUGAGAUCUUCAAUGAGUAUGCUGCCAAGAAAAUGGGCAUCGACCACAAGGGACAGGUGUGCGUGAUGAUCCACAGCGGAAGCCGAGGCCUGGGCCACCAGGUCGCCACAGGUGCGUGCCGGACUCAUGAUUUCACGUGGCGUUGUCGGGGACGCAAGGACCAGUGGCCCGAGCCCCAGUCAGUAAGCUCCGGUGUGAAGAGCUGGUCCUGGCUGCCUUUAACCGGCCGCGGUUUCCGGCAGGCUUUUGCCAAGGUCUUCAACACCACCCCUGACGACUUGGACCUGCACGUCAUCUACGAUGUGUCCCACAACAUCGCCAAGGUCGAGCAGCACGUGGUGGACGGCAAGGAGCGCACGCUGCUGGUGCACAGGAAGGGCUCCACCCGGGCCUUCCCGCCGCACCACCCCCUCAUCGCCGUCGAUUACCAGCUCACCGGACAGCCCGUGCUCAUUGGCGGCACCAUGGGAACCUGUAGUUACGUCCUCACCGGCACUGAGCAGGGCAUGACGGAAACCUUUGGCACCACCUGCCAUGGAGCGGGCCGUGCAUUGUCUCGAGCGAAAUCCAGGCGGAACUUGGAUUUCCAGGAUGUCCUGGACAAGCUGGCAGAUAUGGGAAUUGCAAUCCGUGUCGCCUCCCCAAAACUGGUUAUGGAAGAGGCUCCCGAAUCGUACAAGAACGUGACGGAUGUGGUGAAUACCUGCCAUGAUGCUGGGAUCAGCAAGAAGGCCAUCAAACUGAGGCCCAUUGCUGUCAUCAAAGGCUAGAGCUGGACCAGAUCCCCCAGGCCCCUCUCGCCCUCACCGCCCGGACGUGGACG